UGCAGCAGGAUUAUCCAUCCAUCAAGCUCUUUCUUGUUGCUCCAUUGAUGGGCACCUUGUAUAUGUAGGCGGCGGAAUAGUAUGGGUGUCCUACAUGCUGAUUUGACAAAAUGGCAGGGGGGUAUCUGCAAAAUGCAUGGCAAGGACCGGCUCAGUCCCGCUGGCGCCACUUGGCCGCCUCUAAUUGGCUCUGGACUAAAUUUGCACACUGUGCGCAAGUUGUAGGACUACACAGUUCACUUUUGUAAAUUUUAGGAUUAAACCGUCACAUACUGGACAAGUUCUAGGACUUCAUGCUUUUAUCUCUAUUGUAUUUCAAUUUCCAAGUCAGAUUCCUUAUUGAUCAGUCUGCAGAAAAAAGUUCCAUGAUUAUGACAAGAUGAUUGGACAUUGUCCUAUCAGUUGUCGUAUUUUAGCACCGCUAGGCAUUAGACGACUGAUAAUCAUCGCUCCCAGCCAAUUCUUGUUCCCUGGAGGCCUGGACGUUGCUUCCUUGUUGCAUGGUUGCUUAAAUCACGCCAGGUUACCAGAUUCAUGUACCUAUGAGAUGGAAGUAUUACUUGUGAGAACCAAAUAUACAUUGGUUCAUUUAGGAAAUAGAUCCCUAAAUUCUAGAGUUUAAAUCCCACAAAUGGUUCUUCGAUUCUACUCCCACCGUCCGACAAUAGAAGAGCAUUUUUCAUUGGAGGCAGUUUCAGACCUUGAUGCUUACAUGGGUCCCGAUGUGCCAAUCAUCACCGAGUCUAGUCUGUCGGCGAUGGGCUUUUCAAAUGUCAUCUUUGUUCAUUGCGGAAGGAAAACCAAUCUUGUUGCUGAUUGUUUAGCAAAGCACUGAUUUAGUCUUUGGCUUAUCUGAAUUUUGGGACUCCAAUACCCCUGACUUUAUUCCUCCACAUAUUGUAAAUGAUAUUAUAUGAGGAAUAAAGUUAUUUAUGUUCAAAAAAAAUAUAAGAGCAUUUUUUUACUCUGGUAAUAAAUCUCCAAUGUUCUCCCUAAUGAAAACAAUCUAUGUCGGGGUUGUCCUCGAUGCAAACAUUCUUUUUCGACCAAUGACACAUAGUUAGUUUUGUAAUGGAAACAUUUUUCACUUUCACUAAACACUUCUUCACGUUGGUGGAAACAUAUUCCAUCUGAGUCACUUCAUACAAAAAAUUAAUAAACCUUCAUUCGUUACCAUCUGAUGCCCUAUAUUGCUUCCAACAAAAGAAAUAUUUGCUUCCAAAUAUGAUUAUUUAUUACCAUUAUAACAGUUGUUUUGGUUUGAACAAAUUAUUAUUAUUUUAUUAGAAUAGGCAUCCUACGCAAUCACAAUUUUCUAGCAUAUAACUAGGCAUCUAGGCACAAUGCAUCAUCGGCUGAUGAUCUAAUAAUGCCAUGUGUCCUUCCUAUGGUUGUCAUUCUUCCUUUCUAUGGCGUCUGUGCGUCCUGCCGAUAGUUCUUCCAAUGGUGACAGUGCUUCCUUCCAAUGGUGGUCAUGCUUCCUUCAGAUGGUAGUAGGUGUGCUUGUUUGUGCCGGCCGCCAACGACAGGGAGACCGGACCGUCCUGAGCAGGGCCUGUCAACAUCACCUCCGAUGGGAGGAGUAGAGUAGAAUUUUUUGUUGUUUUUAGGUCCUUUUGCUAUGUAAAAAAUAUUCCAAAAAAUCAAUGAAAAUCCAUGUCCGCUUUAAUUGGGGGUUUUUUUUUAUUAUUUGCCACUUCUUACUUUGCACUUUGACAAUUUGCCACUACUUACAUUAUAUUUGAUCUUUUGCCACUCUUUACUUUGCACUUUGAUUGUUUGCCACUUUUUAACACAAAAACAAUACCUGGAAAUGAUUGACAUAAUAUGUGCAUAAAACAGUGGACAAGUAUACCCUUUGUGUCUGUUUGACUUAAACUUUGGAUCAGUUGAUUCCCCAAAUCCGGAUAAACCCUAGCUCACGAGGCUAUGCCCCACCGCCGCCGGACCCUACUGCUACCGGCACCUUCAGCACCGUGGCUCGACGCUGCAGCCCCCCAUCAAGCUGGAGCUCCUUUCCGGCGCCCAAGAUUGAGGCCGCCCAAAGUGUACAAUACAUCUGAAGAUUGCAUGAGGGUGAAGGCUCAAAAACUUCAGGAGGACGUACAAAUGUUGUUUCAAACAUUUACCAGAGUUGUACAAAAAAUGAACUUGAUCGACACACUCCAACGUCUUGGAAUUGAUCACCUCUUUGAAGAUCAGAUCAACACGGCGAUGAACGAAAUCCACGAGAAGGAAUUCAACAGUUGUAGCCUCUAUGAUGUUGCUCUUCGCUUUCGCUUGCUUCGAGAGAGUGGCCUUAGGGUGUCUCCAGAUGUAUUCAGUAAGUUCAAGGGCAAAGAUGGGAGCUUGAGCAGGGAUAUAAUUAGUGAACCAAGGGGAUUGUUGAGUUUAUACAACGCAGCUUACCUAUCGAUCCCUGGUGAAUCGGAACUCGAUGAAGCAGUCAUUUUCGCACGGCAUCAUCUCGAAUCCAUGAGGAGCAGCCUUAAUUACCCUUUCUCUGAACAAGUCAAACGGAACCUUGAGAUACCGCUACCUAGGACUUUGAAGAGGCUUGAUGCACCAUAUUACAUUGCUGAGUACCAACAAGAGAAAGCAUACAACCCGACUAUAUUGGAACUUGCAAAGCUCGACUUUAAUCUUCUGCAACGGCUUCACCAAGAGGAAAUUAAGGCUUUUUGUCAGUGGGGAAAUGAUCUAUACGAAGAAGUAAGACUAACCUACUCUCGGCAUCGUAUUGUUGAAUGCUAUUUCUGGUCCUAUACGGAGUACCAUGAACGACAUUAUGGAGAUGCAAGAAUAAUCCUUGCCAAGUUACUCGUUCUGGUAACUCUAUUAGAUGACACUUUCGAUAUGCAUGCUACUUUAGAAGAGGGCUGGAAGCUCAAUGAAGCAAUACAAAGAUGGGAUGAGAGUGCUAUAACUCUUUUACCAGAGUACUUGAAAGGGUACUUUGUCAGGUUGAUGAAUACUUUCAGAGAGUUUGAGGAUGAACUGAAGCCAGAUCACAAGUACCGUGUUGCUUACAGUAGGAAAGCGUUCCAAAAUUUGUGCAAGCACUACCAACAGGAAUCUGAAUGGUUUCAUAGCAGUCACAUACCAAGUUUUGAAGAUCACGUCAAGUGCUCGGUCAUCUCCGCUGGUACUCCGACACUAUUUGUCGGUUCACUUAUGGGUAUGGGUGACGAAGCAUCAAAGGAAGCAUUUGAGUGGGCCAUCGGUUGUACCGAUGCUGUAAGGGCUUGUGGUGAGGUGGCACGCUUUAUGGAUGACUUGGCUUCGUUUAAGCAUGGGAAGAACAAAUUGGAUGUGGCUAGCUCCAUCGAAAGCUAUAUCAACCAGCAUCAUUGCACCGAUGAGGUAGCCAUGGAUGUGUUGGAUAAUCUGGUCGAAGAUGCAUGGAAAACUACUAAUCAGGCACGAUUUGACCGUGGUGCACUGCUCCCGCUUGUAAACCGAGUUGCGAACCUCACCAAAAGCAUGACCUUGUUGUUUCGUAACAAAGUUGACCGCUACACAUUCAGCCAUGGCAACAAAGACAGGAUCCGGCAGCAGUUCAUAGACCCUAUCCCCCUCUAGGUUCUCAACAUGCAUACAUGGAAUCUUUCAAACACAAUGGAUUUGCAGAUAUGAACCUAGUUUCUAUGUAUUUUCAGUUUGCAAUAAGCAUAUCUCAUAUUUAUGUUCUUGAAAUUUAUAACUUGGCUUGUACUUCCAAAUUCCAAAUAAGCACGCAUGUAUGUACUUGUACGAAUAAUUGUGGUAUUUUCCACAUGCAUAUUUGAGGAUAUUGAAUGGCUGAAAUAAAGUGAAUCUUUCUGGUAAA